AAGUGUGGGUUUGUAAUCCUUUGCAAUUUGCAAUCCUUUCAUUUAACCUUUCAGCAUAGAUUUCAAACUUCUUGUUCUUCUGCCAUGGCUGAUACUACUGAAACAGAAGAGAAUGUGCAGCUGAAACUUCUAAUUAACGAAGAGAGUAAUAAAGUUGUGUUUGCUGAAGCAGGGAAGGACUUUGUGGAUAUUCUCUGUAGCUUUUUAACAUUACCAUUAGGUACCAUUGCUAGACUUUCUCAGAAAGAUUCGAACAUGGGACCUGUCACAGUUGGUUGUCUUAACUCACUCUAUCAAAGUGUGGCAAAUCUCAAAGAACAGUGUUACUGGACAGAUUCAAUCAAAGAAUUGCUGUUGCAGCCAAAAAAUUCGUCGGAAGAUUAUUGCAGCAGUAUUAAAGUUAAUAUCGAUGACACUCAACCCACAAAUUACUUCAUCAGGUGUUUGAAAAGCAGCAAUUGCAAGUUCAACUCCUCUCUUUAUUUGGAUCAGCGUUGUAAGUGUGGGACUGGGAGUGCUAUGCGUUCUGUUGUUCUGAAACAUUUUCGCGAAGGAUUUGUUAAUAGUGAUGCUACUUUUCUUAUUACUGAUGAUUUGAUUAUCAUGUCAAACUCCUUGGUUUAUACAAGCAUUUCUCUGCUCAAGAAUUCAGGAAUAGUCACAACUUCUACAAAGGAAAUGACUUUAAAUGUUACUAAGGAAAAGGUACUGGAUCUUUUAAAGUGUGCUUUGGUUUCUAAGUCACCUUUGACCGAUGUAUUCCUAAGAAAUAAACUUUCGAUAGAGAGGAUUUGGAUUUUUUCCUGCGAUACUGAAAAUAAUUUGGAUACUAAUUUUCAAAUCAAUGUGGAGCUAGUUAUAAGAAAAUCACAUGGAAAAAUACUGUUUGCUCAUGGGGAGCAAGAUUUUGCAGAUUUAUUAUUAAGCUUUCUGGCAUUUCCUCUAGGAGGUGUUGUUCGUAAGUUAGGAGGAUAUAGUUCUAUUGGCAGCAUAGAUGGAUUAUACAAAAGUAUUGUUGAAUUCGACGAAACCAAAAUUUUGCUGUCAAAAGAAACAAAGAAUAGACUUGUUGAUCCUCAUUUGGCUCAUGAGUACAAAUCUAGCAAACACAUAUUACCGAUAAACCAGUCACCUGCGAAGUUUUAUUGUUAUUAUCAAGGUGAAAGUCCCCGGCAAAGUAUUUUUCAGCAUAAAUAUUUCAUAAGUACUGAAUACCGGAAAGAUAAAGGAAAAUAUGAAUCAAUGCAUCUAGCUAAGGACAAUGAAAAUGCUGGAAGUAAUGAAGGAUAUAUCAAGGGACCGACAACUUACCUAGCUACAGAUGAGUUGGUUAUUGGACCUUCAUCUCCGAUUUCAGUUCUCUUAUUAAUCCAACGUUUGCAAAUUCCUCUUGAAGACCUGGAGAAAAAGGUUGUCAACAUUGGUAUGAAGGAGUGUGUGAGAAUAUUGAAAUCUGCUUUGACCUCAACAUCUGCUCUAACAAAUGGUCUCAGUCACUUGUUAACCGAAGUUAAGGAGGAGUAGUAACAAUUGUUAAGGUUUUGUUAUGUAACUUACAGUAUGUUUUAAGGAUUAAGGUAUAUGCUGCAAAACUUGUAAUAGAACAUCACUAGAUUUAAUUUUUUGAACGGGCAUAACUAAAUUUACUAUUUUGUGUUGGUUAUUUGUUGCAUUAUCGUUUUGAGAUCUAUGUGUGUGUUCAGUUCAGGUGAUAA